AGGAUGGAAGAUGUUAUGGGGAAAGAGUGAAACACACCAUCCGCAUCUCCCAUAAAAUUCUGUGAAUGUGGGCAGGGUCAUGGUACUAUAAAAGCCUCAUCUGGAAGUACCCAUAGUACGGUUGGAUUUUCUGUGUAGUUGGGCCCAGUGCCACACAGGUAAGGUUUGAAAUUGCAAGUGUAAAUGAGAUUAAUAGUUGGUAUAGUCACUUUACUUUUUAGUCUGCCCAACCUAACCCCUGUUCCCCAAGAGAGUAUGGAGUUGGUGCUGGCAUAACCAUGUUGCUUGUCCACCUGGCAUGAUUUCCUGUUUGUUACCACCAGUGCAGUAUAGUAUCUGCGCAUGAUGCAGCGACAACUGUGCACAAAACAUCAACAUGCAUAUCUCUUCAGCUGCUGUAUAUUCUUAUUAUUGAUGCAGAUAUUCUUAUCUGCUGAAAAAAAGUCAGAAUAAAUCACAAUGUUUAGGAUCUUAAAACCCUAAAAAUGUCUUACAUUUCCUUAGCCUGUCAAUUUCAGUGCAAGUGCUUAUGUGGUGGUGGAUGCCAUCUUUAAAAAAAAAUGCAAUUAUUCUCUACAUAGGAGCUGAAGUUACCCUCCUAUAAAGGCCAAUCUCCCCAGUUAAAUCUGAGAAGAUAUUUUGCAGACUUGAUUGCCAUUGUGAGCAAUCGCUUCAGACUCUGUCCUGCUGCCCGUCACCUUGCUGUUUACCUACUGGACCUCUUUAUGGACCGUUACGACAUAUCCAUUCAACAGCUACAUGUUGUUGCUCUUUCCUGCUUGCUUUUAGCGAGUAAAUUUGAAGAGAAAGAGGACAGUGUGCCUAAACUUGAACAGUUAAACAGCUUGGGUUGUAUGACUAACAUGAACCUGGUACUAACUAAACAGAACUUGCUGCACAUGGAAUUGCUGUUGUUAGAAACCUUUCAGUGGAACCUCUGCCUUCCAACAGCUGCUCACUUUAUUGACUAUUAUCUCUCCAUCGCUGUUCAUGAAUCUGAUCUUCAUGAUGGAUGGCCAAUGGUUUGCUUGGAAAAGACAAAGUUAUAUAUGGCAAAAUAUGCUGACUACUUUUUGGAAGUAUCCUUGCAGGAUCAUGCAUUUUUAAGUUAUGCCCCUUCAUUAGUGGCUGCUGCAUGUGUGGCUUCCUCAAGAAUUAUCUUGCGUCUUUCUCCAACAUGGCCAGCACGACUUCAUCGUCUUACUGUAUAUUCCUGGGACUUCCUGGUACCUUGUGUUGAACGACUACUGGUUGCCCAUGAUAAUGAUGUCAAAGAAGCCAACAAGCAAAAAGGACCACAUAGUUCGCAAACAGCCCAGCACAGUUUAUUUCAAACAGCUACUCAACCUCUGCAGCAGCACAUACCUCAGUAUGUCCAAGCACAUCAAACUCCUCUACAGUAUCAAACGGUACCGCAACAAAACUGUCAGCAGAUGGUGUCAUCCAGUCACACAUCCACUUACCCACUGCAGACAUGCCCUACUGGUUUACAAAGUGGUAUUCAGGCUCGGGGUCAUAUACAGACUGCUGCUGGAAUGUCACUAGCUGUGCCCAUAGAAGUGAAGCCAUGUUUAAGUGUUUCGGGUGGGGGACCUGCUAACUUGAUCUGCCCCGAGAGACUGAUGGAUCCAGAUGGAUUCCUGAGAACUCUGAGGGAUUCUCUGACAUGGCUGGCAUUCCUCUCGAAGCCCAGGUCACGGGUGGAACACAGAGAUGACCCAGGGGGUUGA